AUGCCAAAGCAAAUCCGUGAAAUCAAAGACUUCCUCCUGACUGUCCGUCGCAAGGACGCCAAGGAGGUCAGAAUCAAGAGAAACGGCAAGGUCUCCAAGUUCAAGGUUCGUUGUGGAAGAUUCCUGUACACUCUCAAGGUCCAAGACCAAGAGAAGGCUUCCAAGUUGUUGAACAUUCUUCCACAGAAUGUCCCACAGGUCCACAUUGACAAGAAGUCCAAG